AUGUUGUCCCUUGCCAUUCUCGGAGUUCUCGGAGUCCUGAUUUCUGUUGUUCAUGCCGAAUUCUACCCCACAUACCCGAAUAUCGAGACUUGUGUCGGCCUCCCAGUACAGUAUUCUUGCGAGAACACAACAGUCGUGAAGAUUCGUGCUGUAAUGUCGUACAGGGCGGGCUCGUCCUACAGGCACAGUACUGGGACACAUAUACUGGUCUCGAGUCCCAUGAUCAGCUGCUUCCAAAAGGCAGCUGGAGUAUUCAUGGCUUACUGCCAGUUGACUGCGACGGGCAACACGUUCGGUCAGUAUUGCGACCUUAGCAGGCAGUAUGACCCCAAGCCAUCACCGUCGACCUUGCCCAAUGGGACGGUUAUUACUCCUUACAAUGGACCGAGCGUUAGAAAUUUUAUCCAUGAGUUCGGUCGUUCCGACUUAUUGCAUUACAUGGAUACCUUCUGGAUCAACCAGGGCGCACCUAAUGAGGAACUUUGGGCUCGUGAGUUCUCAAAGCAUGGCACUUGCACUUCCACAUUCGAUGUUGCCUGCUACGAGCCCGGAUACAAGACACACCAGGAAGUCGUGAACUUCUUUGAGACUGUCGUAAAGGUUUUCCAGAUGUAUCCUACUUACGAUAUGCUCGCUGCUGCAGGAAUUGUCCCCUCCAAUACAACGACAUACACCCGCGCCCAGAUCGCAAAUGCCCUUUACUCCCAGACUGGUGCUGACCCUUGGCUUGGCUGUUAUGAUGCUAAUGGCGCUGUUUUGGAGGAGAUCUGGUACUUCCACCAUGUUCUGGGCACGGAGCAAUACGGUCACUUCAAAACUCUGGACUCUAUUAUUCCGUCGACCUGCGCAGAAACUGGGAUCUGGUAUUAUGAGCGAACUCCGACGUCCGAGAAGGCUGUCUCACACUAA